AGUGUACGGGGCUCCGAGCGUCUCGCCGACCUGUCAACUUACACUACGUCAAGCUCUCAUCUUCUUCUCCUUCUACUUUUACAAUUUCCUUUUGAUCACACUUUCUAUAACUUGCCAAAACUUCACACCAACAUCACUCACAACAUGGACAAGUACCCCUCAGUGGAGCAGCUGGAUGGCGAACAGGGCAACUUCGAGAUCCAGGAUAUCGACGGCCUUACCUUUGAGGAGCGCGAGAACCAACUUCUCGGCAAAGACCAUGAAUUUUCUGAACAGGUCGCCACCAACGAGAAUGGAAAUGCGGGAUACGAUGACCUUCUAGGCGGCGGUGAUGAUGAACCUGUGGAGGAGAUUGAUCAAUUCCAAAGUUCUUUCCCUGAGGUGGAUGCAAGUGGACAAAACGAGAGAGUCGCCCCUGGAGGUACAAUCACCGGCUCCGGUGCCCCCUUCCCCCCAACUGGAUACCAAAGCCCCCCUCAGGCUGAAGACGAGGGUGAUGCCGUUCGCGAAUGGCGCGAGAAGCGCGACGCAGAAAUUGCCCGUCGCGCACAGGUCUCGGCUGAGAAGAAGGACAGCACCGUGAAGAAGGCUCAGGAGGACAUCGACGACUUUUAUGUUUCCUACAACAACAAGGCCGACAAGCACCGUGCUCAGACCAAGGCCGAGGCCGAACAGUUCCUCGCUAACCGCGAAGACACUUCUGCUGGUGGCACCAGCUGGGAGCGCAUUGCCAAGCUAGUCGAUGUGUCCGGAAAGGGCAACGCCGGUGGUGCCAGUGGCUCUGGCAAGGAACGCUUCCGUGAGCUGUUGAUCGAUUUGCGGAAAGACCAGGAGGCUCCGGGCGCUAGCGGGAUCUAG